AUGGCGUUUGAAGAUUUCACAGCCAACUUGACUGAAAGUUCCCAGAACCGGAGCAGCUGUGACGUGUUCGUGUACCAGAGAGCCGCCGUGGUCCUCUUCCCCAUCUUCUACUCGCUGGUGUUCGUCAUCAGCGUCUGCGGAAACUCUCUGGUUCUCUACGUCAUCUGCCAGAGGAAGCAGAAGUUCAACUCCACGUCCGUCUACCUGGUCAACCUGGCGUUGUCCGACACCUUGUUCACGCUGGCGCUGCCCGGGAGAAUUAUUUACUACGUCCGUCACUUCGACUGGCCCUUCGGGGACUUUCUGUGCAGGACCACCACGCUGCUCUUCUUUGCAAACACCUAUGCAGGUAUCGGCUUCAUGACGUGCAUCAGCCUGGACCGCUACCUGGCCAUGGUUCACCCGCACCGGCUGCAGAGCUGGCGCAGCGUCAAGGUCGUCCGCCGAGUCUGUUUCCUGGUCUGGGCGUUGGUGUUGGCGGAGACGGCUCCUCUGCUGUUCCGCGGCACGCUGCACGAGCGGCGGGGGAAACGAACGUGCAUGGAGUACUUCAACCUGGAGGGCUCCCGCUCCACUCCCGUCUUCCUGGUCCUGGCCUGCGUCGUCUCCUUCUGCUGCCCGCUCGCCGUCAUCGUGGGCUGCUACGCCAAGGUCAACCUGAAGCUCCGCGCCGCGGCCAAGCACAGCUCGGUGACGGGGAGGACCAGGAGGAACCACCGGGCCAACCUCAUCAUCCUCCUCAUCCUCCUCACCUUCGUCGUCUGCUUCAGCCCCUACCACGUCAACAUGAUGCAGUUCAUGUUCAGGAAGAUGAACGGCCAGCCGAGCUGCGACGAGCUGAGAGCCUUUAAGAUGUCGCUACAGAUUACGGUUUCGUUAAUGAACUUCAACUGCUGCCUGGACCCGGUCAUCUACUUCUUUGCCAUAAAGACGUACAAGAAGCGAGUGAUGAGUCUGUUCAAGGACUAUCUCCGUACGUCUGGCGCCGCCUCCAAAAUGACGGCCGAGAAUAGCAGCAGCAACACCUGA